ACGAACACGCUGGAGAAACUUGAAUGGCCGCUGAUGCUCGGACUUUCCAGCGGUGAUUUGUCUCCGUGGAGUUUCUCCAACAAUGGGUCGCAGCAGGUCACAUGACAGAGCAGACAGAGAGAAGAAGAAGAAGAAGAAACGGACACGGUCCUCCUCCUCUUCCUCGUCGUCUCCGUCCUCUUCCUCAUCCAGCAGCAGGAGCCGGGGCAGGUCUUCAAAGAAAGAGACGCACAAGAGCAAAGAUGUGAAAACUGAAAGAAAGAGGAGAAGAAGAACUUCUUCUUCCUCUUCGUCCUCCUCAUCCUCCUCGUCUUCUUCGUCCUCGUCGAGUGACGAGAAGGCAAAGAGGAAGAAAAGUAAAUCCAAGAAAAAUAAGCUGAAGAAGAAAAAGGCAAAGCUGAAGAAACUGAAGAAAAAGGAGAAGAAGGAGAGGAAGGAGAAGCUGAAGAAAGAGAAGAAGGAAAAAGAAAAAGAGAAGAAAAAGAUGACGACUGAGGGACUGUUGUCCAUCAUUCCGGAAGAGAAACCUCCGGCUUACCUGGAGGUGUGGCAGAGUGAUGAUGGGACGGUGGAGCCCGGACCUGUCAUGACCGAUGAGCAGAAGGCCCGGCUCUCCACCAAGAGACCCAUCACCAAGGAGGAGUAUGAGGCCAGGCAGAGUGUGAUCCGCAAGGUUGUGGACCCUGAAACAGGACUGACCAGAUUGGUGAGAGGAGAGGGAGAGAUCAUAGAGGAGAUGGUCAGCCGAGAAAAACACAAAGACCUCUGCAAGCAAGCCACCAAGGGAGACGGGAAUGCCUUCCAGAGGAAACUGGGGACCAAGAAGUAGAAGACGAAAUGGAGUCCUUCACUAACAAGAGGGUUCGGACAGUAUGACGGAGGACGACCACUUUUCUAGAUUAUUAAUGAAUUUUUUAUAUUUAGUAUGUGUUUUAUAACAAACAUUAGCCUGGGAUUCAACUGUUCACAGCGGUGAAUGUUAUAAAAAUGUCCAACACGUGCUCUUGACGUUCACUGAUUUUAAAUCCAAGUAAAAGUCUCCAUCGACUACUGAUUUGUCUUUUUAACUGUAAGCUGAUCACAAAAGUGAUUUAAAGAAAAACAGAAGAAUAAGAUUGUUGAAUUUAAAUCUGGUGAAGUCCGCUUACUCCAUAUAAGGAGUCCACGGAGCCUGACCGCAGUCCUCCGACAUGUCAUGAUAUGAAACUUUGAUUUUGCUGAAUAAACGAUGCAGGAAAGA